AUGGAUAUUAACAGAAAUAAUGCUUUUUUCGAAAAGUUAAAAGAAAAUGUUACGGAUACUUUCGACCGUUUGCGAAAAGCGAUUGAUAUGAGGGAGAAGCUUCUGCUCAGACAGCUUACCGUUUUGGUACAACAAGCCCAGCACAUCACGUUCGAGUACGAUAGUAUACGUUUUCUGGGCGACGGCGAGGAUGAACUGGUUGGACGCAUACGCACGUACGGCAGGUACAACAUCGACAACUUUAACGUAAUUCUACAGAAGGAACCAUACGAAAAUGAAGAUUACAUUCUCCCAUCGAAUGACCACGAUCUGAUGCACAAAAGCUGUCGCCAAGGUGCGGAUGAUGAACGAAAUCCGGAGAGUGAGGAGAUUGUGGUGGAGUUUUUCAACAACCGUAGCCUCAUUAAGGACAGCGCCGAAAUGGUUCGUGAAUCGAUCAUAAACCUUACAUUGAACGAAAGCCGCGAGCUCAUCGAUCGAACCAUCGGUGGGAGCAGACCGUACCAAGGGGCUGUAGAUGUGACCAACGAAGAACAGCCAACAGUCGACGGCACAGAAUCUUCAUUGCGUGCAUGUAAAAUCGAUCCAACAACGCAUCGGUUGAACAGGGGUCGCAACUCCCUCACCGACAUACCAUUCGAUUCACUUUCUUUCCAAGGUGAUCAGCAACAGGAACAGGAUGGUAGUAACAACAACGUAGUUAGCGUUGCCAAUGGCAACUCGAAGCACAUCCGUACUGUAUCGCGUGAUGGUGAAACAGUGAUUUCACUUUCGCUACCGCCACAGCGCAUGAUACCGAAAGCUUCACAAACGGAUGGAUUGAUUGUCGCCAGUGCCACCGAUUCGGAAGGGAACAUUCGCGAACCGACGACCUGCAAGGCGGCAAUAGAUAAGCGCAUGAAAAAUGUAAACCAUGUUACGAUGAACAGCUGUGGUAGUACGAUCAAUCUGAAGAACGUCACUAAUCUUACGAUUAAUUCUUGCUCGGAACGACCACAAUUAAAGGAAAAAGAACGAACAAUACCGGAGACGGAUCCCAAAUGUCCCUCAGAGGAAGGCAGUCCGGAGUGUGGUUUCUACAAGCGGCUUAUAACGGAAAAUAAAAUCCUACGCAACCAUAUACUCAAGUCGAAGCUGGGCGGAGGAGUAGGAUCCCGCUUCAUAAAAUCACAACAGCCAAUGGUGAGCUCCUCCGCGUCCGUCGGUCGCUCGUUAUCCUCGGUUACGAACGAUGAAACGAUUACAAACUCUAAGCAACCAUCUCAAGACACCGAUGGUCUUUCGAGUAGCGGCAGCAGCACCAGCAGUAGCAUUGUUCCUCCGGUGGUACAAGAAACCAAUCUUAACAUUCCACUUUCAGAGCAGGAAUUACAGCAAAUGUUUGACGGGGUACCUACCUCCAUGUACGAAAAAAGCCUUUCAUUUGUGCUGGGUGAACUGUACGGAAUGCAGGGCGGGUUGGAUGGUAAUGGUGCGGCUACUCUAACAAGUUCCGGCCCAGGUAAAACAAAAGAUCACACAAUGCAGAUUCAACAGUGGUUGAAGCAAAUUAUCUCGGAAGCGGAAACAGAACCGUUUCAAAAUGCAGAGAUGCUUGAGUUUAGCAAAAUUCAUGAUUAA